AUGUCGCUCUAUUACGAUGCCGUGACGGUUCUCAGUGGGGAUCAGUCACAAGGCUCGUUGAAGUCACGCGUAUACAACCCUCAUGCGGGGCUGAAGUCGAAGCCGGCUCAUGUAUAUGCCUUGAUCUCCGAAAGCGCCAAAUAUGAUGUCUUUUUGAAGGAAGUUGUUGACAACGCUGGUCUACUGGCUCAAGAACCCAAGAUUACCCCACUGCUUUCCAUCCUCCUCCUUCAUGACCACUUCUUCGCAAAAGGCGGCAUAGCCGCAUCGGCCAAUCACGCUCUGAAGAUCGCGAUCGAACGGCACAAAGCGCGCUUGCAAGCCGAGUUCACGAAGUCCAGGCUGAAGCGCAAAUGUGGCACAGUUCACGAUCUGAAGAAACUUCUCCUCAGAGAGAAAGAACAUGUUUUAUCACCAGGACGACCACAGCCAAGGUGGGUCAGGAUCAACAGACUUCGCUCUUCACUGGAUGAGCAGAAAGGUACGACGUUUGCAGGCUACCGAAGUGUCGCGUCUGUGGCCCAAGUAAUCGAGGCCAAGCCGUCCGAAAAUCUGCUGUACGAAGAUCCGCAUGUAACAGAUCUUGUUGCGAUCCCAUCUCACGCGAACAUGACUAAUACUGAAGCCUAUGAGAAAGGAGAAAUUAUUUUACAGGACAAGGCGUCGUGUUUUCCUGCGCAACUACUACUGGGCACGACAGACGAAGUGGUAGGAGAUCUACUGGACGGCUGCGCCGCUCCCGGCAACAAGACCACGCACUUGGCCUCAUUGUUGGAACCGAGAAGGGUCUCAAAGGAAAACUCCCUUCAAAAGAUCUACGCAUGCGAGCGUGAUGCGAACAGGUCUAGGACGUUACAGCGGAUGGUCGACAAGGCUAGAGCACGGGCAGUUCAGGUCCUCCCACGGCACGAUUUCCUGGCCUUAGAUCCUUGUGACGCGCGUUUUGCCAAAGUGACGCAUCUGCUCCUGGAUCCAAGCUGCUCGGGAAGCGGCAUCGUAGGGCGCGCAGAUGUACCUGUGCUACGCCUGCCAGCUGACCCACGAGCUGAGACGACGUCCAGUAACGUUACUUCCAAAUCGAAGAAGAGAAAGCGAGCAGUGCCGCUCAAUGAGCCAGCUCAAAAUGAUGAAGCCACGGAGGAGCAGCCUGCGGCCAGUGCGAUCAAGGAUCCAGAACGGCUGGCCAAGCUUGCAGAUGUGCAAUUCCGCAUCGUUGAACAUGCCAUGAGCUUUCCUUUGGCCCAGCGAAUCACCUAUUCGACUUGUUCGAUACACGGUGAGGAGAACGAGGCUGUAGUAGGUCGGCUACUUGCCUCUGCGGUUGCGCAGCGCCGCGGCUGGCAGGUCCUGCACCGCGACAGGCAGCCACCGGGGCUCAAAAGUUGGCCGCAUCGGGGCCUGCCAUUGGAAGAAACAAGUGACCACAAUCACUUGCAGGGCAGUUUGAGUGCCCAGGACCUAGAAGGCUGCAUUCGUUGCUCUGCGAAGGAUGCGGAAGGUACAAUGGGCUUUUUUGUGGUAGGCUUCGAGCGCGAUGUAGAGCAGAUCGCCGAUGGCUCCACGAAGACAAGCAACGGCCAGCAGAAACAAGUCGAUCACGAGGAUGCUUCCCAGAGUGACUGGGAAGGCUUUAGCGACGGCGGUUGA